AUAUUUAUAAGGUAAUUCGGUUUGUUUACACCGUGACGUGAAAUCAAGAUCUCUCAGAGACUCUUCAUAAAGCACGCAGCAGCAACUGCUGUACAGAUAAAGGAGAUGAUCCACAAGCACCACAUUCGACGUAUAAUUAUUGAUAUCUUGUAGCAAGGUGCAAAAUGGCAGCAGCCAGUGUGACAAUGGCUGCUUCAGUGACAACAAACGACAACCUGGAGGACUUCAGUGCUUAUGCACACUUGUCUGAAGAACAGCUGUUGCAGAUAGCUAUUGAACGAAGCCUAGCUGAUGCAAAUUUAACUCCAUGGCAGAAUCGACAAGUGCGUGCCCACAUGCAGCCGUCUGCCCCCAAAGCUACACGACAACCACCAUGCAACCCUAGCUCUGCAAACCCUCCCAGUGAGAAGAGGUGUGCCAAAAUUGACAGAAAUGUUCACGAUUAUAUGUUCAGUAAAGACCAAGAAAAGGUGAUUGCCUGGACAAGGCACAAUGGACACCUGCGAGUCACAGUAGAGACUGUGAAUGAUUUAGACCCUUUUCUCUCUGCCAUUUGGAGAGGGGAUGCAAAAGCGCUACAAGACCUCAUUCAUUUCAAAUCUAAAAAUCUUGACGAACCCAAUAAAGAUGGCUGGUUACCACUUCACGAGUCUGCAUACCACGGCCAUUUGGAGUGCCUUAUGAUUUUGCUCAAAGCCAAACCAGAUACGAUUAACAAACGAACAAACAGAAGUCAGACACCGCUCAUGCUGGCUGUGAGUCGCAAACACGUUUCUUGCGUCAGGCACCUCUUGGAGGAAGGAGCUGAUCCUAACCUUGCAAACAACCAGUGGGAGACACCACUGUACAAAGCAUGUGAGAAACCUAAUGAAGAGAUAGUGGAGCUUCUUUUGAGAUUUGGAGCUUCACCAUCCAAAGCCUGCGUUCAAGGCGGGACUCCGCUACAUGAAGCAGUGAGGAACAAAAAAUUAGAGAUGUGUAAGAUAUUGAUUCAUGCUGGGGCAAAGCUGUGGGCCAGAAACGUUUAUGGCAUUGACGCACUGUUUACGGCUGCUCAGUGCAAUGCUGUUAAUGCGCUUAACUACCUAAUAUAUAAAGGAGGUAAUGUAAAUACCAAUGCAAAUGAUGAUGCAACCGCAUUGUUUGAGGCCUCUAAGAACGGUCAUGCUGAAGUUGUUGAGAUACUCUUGUCAAAACGAGCUGAUGCUAACAAAGCCAACAAAACUGGAUUACUUCCUAUUCAUGUUGCAUCAAAAAAUGGUCAUGACAGCAUUGUUGCCAUGCUCAUCCCCAAAACUAACAUGGUCAAAGUGACACGUUCUGGCAUCAGUCCUCUUCAUUUGGCCGCAGAACGUAACAGAGAUGACGUUCUAGAAACAUUAAUAGACGCUGGAUAUGACGUCAAUGCGAAGCUGUCAGAUGAUUGGUCAAAAAUGUAUGAAGAUCGGCGCAGCACGGCUCUGUACUCAGCUGUGGUAAACAGAAACACGGAGGCAGCCGCUAUGCUGUUAGAAGCAGGUGCUGAUCCAAACCUGGAUAUCUUCAACCCCCUGCUGGUGGCUGUGAGGAAAGCAAGCAUGGAAAUGGUGACCUUACUGGUGAAUCACGGGGCUAAUCUCAACGCCUUGCUGCCAACUCAUCCUACCAGCUUCCCAGCAGUACUGGUUUUCUGUAUGAGGUACAAGGCGAUGAUGAAGUACCUGCUGGACAACGGCUGCAACGCACUGUCGUGUUUUACCUGUCAGUAUGGCAGUAAUCCUCAUCCCCCCAUUAAACCGAGAAGAAAUGGACGAGAAACUAUGUAUUUAUUAAAUGAUGAACCAUCAGAGUACUGUGUAGAGUUUUGUGAGAUAAUCUCUACUCCCUCAGUCAGCGGCUGGGUGGGACCCAUCAUAGACAUAUUACUUGAUUAUGUGGGUCAUGUCAAACUCUGCUCUCGAUUAACUGAAUUUCUAGACGGCAACAAAGAUUGGGCUCAUAUUAAAGAGAAAUCAGUUCUUCCUUGCACGCUGAUGCAUCUGUGCAGACUCAAGAUUCGUCAACAGCUGGGCAUCCAGAGACUAUCGCAAACUAUUGCUCUUCCUCUACCAGGAAGAUUGCUCAAGUUUUUGAGUUAUGAACGAGAAUCGUUUGAAGAUAUCCUGUGAUGAACAGCAUGUCGCUCUUAGUUGUUUGCAGAACAUGCAACUUUAAAUUAUUUUGUUACAGAUAAUGUGUCAUUAAUUUUCAAUUUAAAAGCUUGAGAUCUAAAAAUCAUUUAGCGUUUAUUUUCCGUUCUAAAGGUAAUUAUUCUCAAUACAUGUAAAUAAAAUAAUAUUCAAAUGUAUGCUGCCUUGCAAAAGUUUUGCAACAUCUUGAUUUUCUCAUGUUUUGUUAUGUUGCAGACCUAUGAUAAACUGUUUAAAUCACUUUUUAUUCAACUCUGUACACCAAAAUAGUGUAGCAAAAAUAGAAGUUUAACAACUUUGUAAAUUUAUAUAAAAAAAACAACAACCCUGAAAUAAGUACAUUGCAUAAGUAUUCAUACCUCAUUACUCAUUACUUGGCUGAAUCAUUCUGAAUGGCAAAAUGAUAUGCCAAGUCCCUCCUCAAUUAAUUGUUUAACACGUUAAGACUUUUACCAACUAGCAGUUGCCAAGGGGUAACACAAAUAUGACCAAUCUACCUUUUCAUAAUCGAAUUUUAAAGAUUAUGACCCAUAUUGAUGAAAAUAUUUAAAUGACUAAGUUUUUAAAACUAAUCUAAAGAGUUUAUGCAACCGGCCGCUUCUGGUCUUUCCAAAGGUAUUUUGUUAUGGAUAAUGGAAAAACAUGCUCCUGUGAGCCUUCAGUGGAGCAGAAUUUCUUUUUUCUAAACUCUUCCUCAGAUGUAUGACUUGAUGCAAACCUGUUUCUGAGCUCUACGGGCAGUUCUUUUGAUCUCAUGGCUUGGUUUUUCAGCAUUGCAUCAGUCGAGGUGUGUGCCUGUCCAAAUCAUACACAUUCAAAUGAAUUGGCCAUAGUUUUGAGAUACGUAAUUUUGUUUAUACAAGUGCCUAGCUAAAUGUAUUUACACACUUAGCGACAGUAUUAUGUGACUAUGCAUUAAACACCUAAUGUGAUUUUUUUUAUGCUGCUAUAAUAUUAUGAAGACAAGCUGUACUUUAAAUUAGUAAAUUAGUUUACAGCGAUUUAACUGAAUAGAAUUAAAGCAUUCUUAGCAUUUUGUAAUGAAGAUGUACUGUACACACUGAUAAGUGGUUACUGUGAUAUAACAGUAAUGUAUGAAGAGUUCAAGCUUAGAUUUUUGUGUAACUCCUGUAGUAUUACUAUAAAUUUGUGGUGUUUUCUAUUUGCUUGACUCUGUGAACUUGCAGUGAAAUAAAACUCUUGCAUCUCCACA